AUGCAUCUCCCCACCUAUUUCCUCGCCAUACUCAUGGCAAUCAGUGCUGCAAUGGCACACAUGGAAAUGAAGCGUCCACUUCCCAUGAAAAGCCGAUUUGAUCCCGCGAACAGAGCGCCGACUACCGACUACAACAAUAACAGCCCCCUCUGGCCAGAUGGAUCCAACUUCCCCUGCCGGGGCCACCACCGAACCACCCCCUGGCGCACCGCAUCCACCUUCACUGCCGGCCAGAGAGACUACAUCGAGCUUGCCCCCGGUGCCAGCCACAACGGCGGCUCCUGCCAGAUCUCCCUCAGCUACGAUAACGGCCAGACCUUCCACGUCAUCCAGUCGUACAUGGGCGGUUGUCCCCUUUCGUCGAAAUGGGAUUUCCAGAUCCCCGACUCCGCGCCCAACGGCAGAGCUUUGUUCGCGUGGACUUGGUUCAAUCUGAGCGGAAACCGUGAGAUGUACAUGAAUUGCGCGCAGGUUGAGGUUCGGGGCGGGGCAGAAUCCAGCAUCGAGAGCUUUAACGAGCUGCCGGAGAUCUUUGUGGCGAAUGUCGGGAAUGGCUGCGCGACUGUUGAGAAAAAGCACACGGUGUUUAAGGAGCCGGGUGAGAAUGUCGGAUACAAUGGUGUGCAGAAGAGCGAUCCGCCGUUUCCUCUAUGUGGAGCGAACCUCUGA